CACUAAUGAAUCUGAUCUCGCCACAUCACCAACACCGGCGAAAAAGACGUUUCACGUGUUUUCAUUUUCACAAGUCUACCCAGAGGAUAUGUCAUUUGUACAAUUCAGGGAAUUGUUUUCUUGUAUUUGUGUUGCCUAAGGCAAACUUCAAAAUUCGUUUUCAGUUUUAAAUAUUUAUCCACGUGACAAAGUAGACUUCCUUUUUCAACGUGACAGUCCACGAGUCAAAACAACAUGAGUACAUCGCAAACAGCUGUUCAUAAAGGAAUUGUGAAACAGGUUCUCUCAGGAGAUGCAGUGGUCAUUAGAGGCCAGCCAAAAGGUGGGCCACCACCAGAGAAAACAAUCUGUUUCUCUAAUAUCACAGCCCCACGCAUGGCUCGAAGACCAAACCCAGCACAGGACAAUGUGGAAACAAAGGAUGAGCCCUUUGCCUGGGAAGCCAGAGAAUAUCUGAGGAAAAAACUCAUUGGUAAAGAAGUGGCUUUUGUUAUAGAAUACACUGUGCCAGGGACCGGCCGUGAAUAUGGCUGUGUUUACCUGGGGAAAGAUAUUGCUACAGGAGAAAACAUUACAGAGGCUUUAGUGUCUGAAGGUCUGGUAGAAGUCCGAAGAGGAGGGCUCAAGCUUGAUGAUCAAGGCCAGCAACAGUUGAUCCAAUUGGAGGAUGCCGCAAAGUCUGCUGGGAAGGGCAAAUGGAACACAGCUGAGGCAGCCAAACAUAUACGCAACGUUAAGUGGACAGUAGAAAACGCUCGCAACUUUGUGGACUCUCAUCACAACAAGCCAAUCGAUGCUGUGAUCGAGCAUGUUAGGGAUGGUUGUACUGUUCGAGCUUUCCUCCUGCCAUCGUUUGAUUAUGUCACCAUCAUGCUGUCAGGAAUUAAAUGUCCGAUGUUCAAACAAGACGAAAGCGGUAAGCAGGUGCCCGAGCUGUUUGCGGAGGAAGCCAAGUAUUUCACUGAGGUACGACUACUUCAAAGGGACGUACAGAUCAUCCUGGAGGGCGUGUCCAAUAAUAACCUGCUGGGGACCGUGCUACACCCGAACGGUAACAUUGCUGAGCUGCUGCUGAGGGAGGGGUUCGCCCGCUGUGUGGACUGGAGCAUGGGAGUGGUCACCCAGGGAGCCGAUAAACUGAGAGCAGCUGAAAAAAUUGCCAAAGAAAAGAAAGCCAGGCUUUGGAAGGAUUAUUCUCCAUCGGGACCCACAGUGGACAUCAAGGACAAGACUUUCAGUGGAAAGGUUGUGGAAGUUGUCAAUGGCGAUGCUCUAGUGGUGAAGACAGACAAAAACCUGUUCAAGAAGGUGUUCCUUUCCAGCAUCAGACCCCCAAGGAACGCCCCUGCUCCCGCAGAUUCCACAGACUCCACACCAAAACCUCGCGGACGCCCGCUCUACGACGUCCCAUACAUGUUCGAGGCCAGAGAAUUCCUGAGGAAGAAACUCAUUGGUAAAAAGGUGAAUGUUCAGGUGGAUUACAUUCAGCCUGCCAACAACAAUUUCCCUGAGAAGACUUGCUGUACCGUCACCAUUUCAGGAAUUAAUGUUGGUGAGGCUUUGGUUGGGAAAGGUCUGGCCACAGUGGUGCGCUACAGAAUGGAGGAUGACCAGAGGUCAGAACACUAUGAUGAAUUGCUGGCAGCAGAAGCCAGAGCCCAGAAGAAGGGUGUGGGCCUACAUUCCAAGAAAGAGGCACCAAUUCAUAGGGUGGCCGAUGUCUCUGGGGACUUAAACAAGUGUAAGCAGUUCCUGCCGUUCCUACAGAGGGCCGGUAAGACGGAGGCCAUCGUUGAGUUCGUGGCCAGCGGUUCCCGUGUCCGCCUCUACCUACCCAAGGAAACAUGUCUCACCACCUUCCUUAUAUCAGGUAUUGAGUGCCCCCGAGGUGCCAGACCCCUGCCCGGGGGACAGAUGUCUCAGUCCGAACCUUACGGGGACGAAGCUCUUCAGUUCACAAAAGAAAUGUGUUUGCAAAGAGAGGUGGAAGUACGAGUGGAGACGAUGGACAAGGGAGGUAACUUCAUUGGCUGGCUGUUUGUUGACAACACUAACCUGUCGGUGGCUCUGGUAGAGGAGGGGCUGGCCAAGGUCCACUUCACGGCCGAGCGCAGCAACUACUACAAACAGUUGCAGAUUGCCGAGGAAAACGCCAAGAGGAACCGCCGCAACUUGUGGAAGGACUACCAAGAGGUGACAGAGGUGGAGGAGGUGGUGGAGGACAACACAGAGAGGAACGUGAGCUACAAGUCCGUGGUGGUGACGGAGGUGACCUCCGAUCUGAAGUUCUUCGCCCAGCUGGUGGACAACGGGCCGCAGCUGGAGAAUUUGAUGGAGCAGCUCCGCCAGGACAUGACCGCCAAUCCACCUCUCCCCGGGGCCUAUACACCCAAGAGGAACGACAUGUGUGCCGCCAAGUUCUCACAGGACAGCGAAUGGUACAGAGCCAAAGUGGAGAGAGUGGAUGGAUCAAAAGUCACCGUCCUGUUCAUUGAUUACGGAAAUAAAGAGCAAACGACGGCCACCAGCCUAGCCACCUUACCGGCCUCCUUCCAGAGCCUGGCCCCACAAGCCACAGAGUACUGCCUGGCCUGUGUAGCCCUCCCACCAGAUGAGGACUUCAAGAACGAUGCUGAGGACGCCUUCUAUGAUGAAAUAGCAAACAGACAGUUGAACAUGAACGUGGAAUACAAAGUCGGCGGACUGGAGUACGUCAGCCUGGUGAACCCGGAGACGAAGGAAGACGUGGCCCAGAAACUGGUCAGCAGCGGAUUUCUAUUGGCUGAGAGACGUCGAGAGAAGCGCCUGGCCAAACUUGUGUCUGACUACGUGAAGGCUCAGGAAAAGGCAAAAACAGCAAGAGAGAACAUGUGGAGAUAUGGAGACUUCACUGAAGACGAUGCCAAGGAGUUUGGAUACUCCCGGUAAAGCGUUCCGACGCCAAACACCCACCAAGAAACCAAUUAUAAAAACCAACACCAGACAAACACAAGUGGAAUCUAGGAAAAAAUUUUCAUUUUUAUUCAAAUUGUUAUUUACAUAUAUGAUAUAAAUAUAUAUAUUUUUUGCAAUUAACUUAUGAUGUACAGGAGAGGAAUGCAGUCAAAUGAAUUUUGUUUUGAUAGUUUUUAUUAAUUUUUUUUUUUUGAGUAUGUGAUGGAUAUUGCUAUGCAUUAAAUGAGAUGAUCCUCUGUUUAGUAUUUAUGUAGACUUAGUCUAAGAUCAUUCACUGGACUGAAUUCCUGUUAGCGCACACAUGCACUUCAUUCUGUGGAUUUAUAAGAGACGACUGAUGUGUUCAAAUGACCAGUAUCAAAACUUACGUCUAGUGAAACUGUGCAUUAUAUGGUGCAAAGUGUGUAAUCAUUUAUCUGAUGGUACUUUUCUUUCUUUCUUUCUGUUGAUGAUAAGGGAAAAAAUAACCUGUGGACUUCUAGGUUACAAACACAUAUUAAUCCCUCCUUCAUUUCUAAACAGAUCGUGUAGGGAGAAAUUAAGGCACUAUAAGUGAUGAAAAAUUGGUAAACUACUGUAUAUUUAUCUCCUGAAUGUUAAACCCCCCGUGUCUUUUUGAUCUGUGUACAGUGUACAUGUCAACUGCUUGACCGACAUUUAACCAGAACAAUGUUGUACUCGAAAACCAAGCCUCCUUUACUACUAAAUAAUCUGCUGGUCACGACAUCAGUAAAUAAAAAGCUAAUAUAUUUUGUUGAACUUUUUCUUUGGAGGAAAAGUUGAAUUUUUUUUUUUUGAAAAGGUAAUUUAUUUAAUGUAUUUUUUUUGUCAUUUAAACCUGUGGUUUUAGCCAAAAAAAGUUUGACUUUUGUGGAAAAGGGUUGCAGCUAUAUUUCUUUAUUAUUGACAAAAAGUGCUGAAAUAACCAAAAUGAAUGCUCUAUAUUUGCCCCCACAUUACCAUAUCACCUGUAAGACUUUACAACUUGUAUAACAUCCUCAAUUUAUUUUGUACAUACUUAAAAAACUUUUUGUUUGUUCUUUAUAAAUAUCUGACUGUAUUAUGUGGACAGGGCAUUUAUUGUUUUAUAUUUUGAGUGUGCAAAGCAUGCAACCUUGUUGCCAUAGCAACACUUCAUAUCACAGGUCUCCAGAUUCUUCGCAAUGAUUGUUGCGUGUUUUGAAUAAGCAUUGUUAUUACACGGUUGUAACAUUACUUGUUAAAUUUCAUUUGAUUUUUCCCCCCAAAAAAGUAACGGAAGAAAAUUUCUUUCACUCCUGAAUUGCUAGUUCUGAAUUUUUCUCCUUCUAUUAAUGUACAUGUCUGAAAACAGCUUUAUACUUUCCCUCUAAAAAUCUAUUGAAUUGAUUUUUUUCAAUUCUCUUUUAAGUUGAAUUUAAAAUGAUUUUAUGGUGCUUUAUUUGUAUUACUGAAACUUGGGAUCUGUCUUGUUUGAGUUGAGCCUUUUUUCUUCUUCUUGGAAGUAUAUUUGAAAGAGUACAUCAUGUUUUCAUGCUAACCAAUCUUUGUUGGUUUUAACUGACAUUGAAAUAAAAUGCUGAUGGUUGCAGUUACA